AUGGGGAAGAAGGACAAAUCCCAGGAUCAAAUUCUGCCAUCAGGAGAGACGGAAAAGCUAAACGCCAAAAAAUGGCCUCUCUUGUUGAAGGUUUGUAUCUUUAUAAUUUUUACGACUGUAUUUUUGUUUUCUGAAAAUAAACCAGUUUGAAAAUUUAGAAUUUUGACAAACUCAACUUGAGGACUGGACACUAUACUCCCUUAGAAGAAGGUUGCAGUCCUCUGAAGAGACCAAUUGCUGAUUAUGUGGCCAGUGGAUAUAUUAAUUUGGACAAGCCUUCGAAUCCUUCCAGUCACGAAGUCGUAGCAUGGGUUAAGAGAAUCCUCCGAGUCAACAAAACCGGCCACAGCGGAACUCUUGAUCCAGCCGUGUCUGGAUGUCUAGUUGUUUGCAUUGACAGGGCUACUAGACUUGCCAAGUCCCAGCAAGGCUCUGGAAAGGAGUAUGUUGCCGUUUUCAAACUUCACACUCCUGUUGAGAACGAAGCCCAAAUUAAGCAAACUCUUCAGAAGGUGAAUGCAUUUCUUUGUUCUUUUUAAGUUUACAAAACGACCAGUAAGAAUAUGCUAAAUUUGUUUUGUUUUAGUUGACUGGUGCCCAAUUCCAACGUCCACCGUUGAUUUCGGCUGUCAAGCGUCAACUCCGUGUCCGUACAGUUUAUGAAACAAAGCUUUUUGAGUACGAUAAAUCGAACGGAAUGGGAGUCUACUGGAUGUCUUGUGAAGCCGGUACUUAUGUUCGUACUCAUUGUGUUCAUCUUGGUCUUUUGCUCGGUGUGGGGGGUCAAAUGCAGGAACUUCGUCGUGUUCGUUCUGGAGUAUCGGAUGAAAAUGCGAACAUGGUUACUCUGCACGAUCUGAUUGAUGCUCAAUUUGCCUAUGAUCAUUACAAGGACGAAGAUUAUCUGAGAUGCGUUGUCAGGCCUUUGGAAGCCCUCCUCACACAACAUAAAAGGAUCGUUAUGAAGGACAGCUCGGUAAGAUGGAUCUCAAAUGUUUUUAUUUGUUCGUUUAGGUCAAUGCAGUUUGUUAUGGAGCCAAGAUUCUUCUUCCCGGAGUUCUCCGUUAUGAAGAUGGAAUUGAGCUUGGACAAGAGAUUGUUAUAAUUACUACAAAGGGCGAAGCUAUUGCCAUUGGUGAGUUUAUAACAUCUGUUCUAUAAAUUGUAAUUUACAUUAGCUGUUUUAUUUUUAUCGUUAUCUUUAGCUUUGGCCGCGAUGACAACUUCAACCAUGGCCAGCACUGAUCACGGAAUUGUAGCCAAGAUCAAGAGGGUGAUCAUGGAAAGAGACACCUACUCUCGCAAAUGGGGUUUGGGCCCAGUUGCCUCGAAGAAGAAGGCGCUUAUUCAACAAGGUCUUUUGGACAAAUUCGGAAAACCCAAUGAAAAGACACCAGCUGAUUGGAAAACUGGUUACGUUGACUUGAAGAACGCGAAUGGAAAUGGUGCAACUCAGGAUGUUGAGAUGGAAGAAGUAGAAGUCCCCAAGAAAGAAAAGAAAUCCAAGAAAAAGGCCAAGGAAUCUUCUUCUGAAAGCUCCGACGAGGAGUAA